AUGAAAUUGUUGGUUGAAUAUGCCGUAGAUUUGAAAGAUUUCAAAAGCGAAGUAGAUAUAGACACGGAGACAAAACUAAUUAGUGAAAUAAUAGGUUAUCAUCUUUUCACAUUUGAGCAAGUGGGACUGAUUGCUGGAUAUACCGUGCCUUAUUUAAAUCGGUUGCUCACAAACAUCUUAGUAUUCUGUCGUCAAUAUCCAUUCCAAGUUUUCCAAACAUGGUUGCCAUUUACUAAUAGUGGCCCAUCUCCAGCCCUCUUGGAUAUGUCUAGUGCGACUGGUUUUCCAGCAUCCUUCCCUAUUUCAACUUCUUCAAAUUCUCCGCCAUGCACUUCGUUUGCAUCAUUUGUUUCUACCAAAACCCACACAAAGAAGCUCCCAGUGUGCAAUAUCCUUCAACAACUAUGGAGUCAGAAUAGUAUGCAAUACGAAUUAGUUGCAUACAAAAAUUGGAUCGCUUUAGUUGACUUAUCAAGAGUAUCCACUCUAUUGAAUAAUUACUUGAAUGAUCGUGGAGACAUAAUUGUUCAUUUGCUCAACAUUUAUUUUACAAACUUGUUGCAGCAACUAAAUUCAACAAAGUUCAACACAUACAAUACUCAACAUUUAAUGACUAAAUUGCUAUUGCCAACGUUUGAGUCAAGUAGCAGUAUUUUACACAACUUAUACUUUGACCAAUUGUUUAUCAAACGAUUUGAAAAUGCAAUCAAUACUUACUGCACCCAAACUGACAUUGUGGUUUUUGCAAUCUUGGAAGCAUUCAGAACAUCCAAUACUCCAAAGACUUUAAGACUUUUCUUAUCAAAUGAAGCCUUAAAAAAUUAUAUGAUUUACCAAUUUGAAAAAAAGAACUUAAAUUUGAUAAAACUUUUACUGUACCUCCUGGUCUUUGUAAAGCGUCAUGAUACAUCAAUUGUUGACUUAAUUGGGAUAGAAGACCACUUUAUUGAUCAAAGCCCUCAAGCGUUAUUUCAAUUAACGACUCAAACCAAGGCUAUAGCUCAACACAAGACAAACGCAAUUGCAAAACGAAUAACUGAGAUUAUCACGAGUACCUCUCAAUCAUCAUCAUCACCGUCACCAUUAGCAAUAACAACGACAUUGAGAUCAUCAAAACCAUCAACAUCGUCUUUCAACUCUUCUCUUUCCCUCCCUCCAAUUUCUGCAAGCUCCACAUCCACAUCCACAUCUACAUCCACGUGUACAAUCCAGUCAUUUAGAUUUGAUGCUAAAUUGCCAUUUUCACACAUCUUGCUUAAAUGUCUACUUCAAUUUUUUCAUCAUCCUGUUGAACUCAACAGGCAAGUUAUACAAUUCACAUCCCAAAUUGUAAGACUUUUCAAUGUACUUGAAAAUUUACCAUUUUUACAUAUCAUUGAUUACCUCACUAGCUGCUAUAAGGUAUACCAUAAGCAAUGGCAAGUAUACGACAAUUGUCGCUUUGACUCAUUUCAGGUGAACAAAUUAAAAACUAUGCAAGACAUACAACCUCCCCAAGGAAGUGAAAUCUUAUAUAGGUACAAUAUUAAGCCGUUGCGUGAACUCGAUUAUUCUACUUUGAGUGCAAACUUGGAUCUUUUCGAGAAUUUCAUGAUUGACGUGUACGCUUAUUGUAAGCUAAGAGCAAUGAUAACUAAAAAUGACAUAUCUCAUGAUUGA